AUGCAGGGCUACGCUGCGCCUGGACCACACCAACAGCAGCAACAGCACCAGCAGCAGUACCAGCACCAGCAGCAGCAGUACGCGCCGCAGCCACCUCAGCAGCAGCACGCCGCCUUCUUCCCUCAAGGAUCGCCCUCGACCUCGACCGGCUACAGCGCCUCGCAGGGCAUGCCGUCCUACUACGGCCAGCAGCAGCAGCAGCAGCAGCAGUACCAGCAACAGCCCCAGCAGCACCCGGACCAGUCGCUUGGCCAGCCUCGAGACUCGACCGCCGGCCCGAGUCGCACUGCAGCUCAGCACCGCCGCGACACGUCCUACACCGCCGCCGGCAACGCGGCUCAAUCGUCCAGCUCUGGCGCGGGACAAGGGUCCGGCGCCGCAACUCGCCAUCCCGCCGCGCCGUACCAGCGUCCAGAAGGCGCCGUCCACAACGUCAAGGCGAGCUCGACCACGAGCCUGUUCACGACCCGCAAGAACUGGAGCGAGCACCUCCUCGAGGAACUCCAGGACUUCAUGCACGUCCUGUCGCCCGAGGGUAACUUCAUCUUUGCGUCGACCUCGGCCCAGGAGCUCGUCGGCUACGCGCCCGAGGAGCUCUUCACCCAGAGCAUCUUCGACUUUAUCCACCCGGACGACGUUCAGUCGUUCCGCCGCGACUUUGACCUGUCAUGUCGCACGGGCGACACGCUCACCCUGUAUUACCGCUUCAAGGCCAAGGACACGUCGGGCAACGACGACGUGCGCUACGUCCUGUUCGAGGUGACGGGCCACCCGUACUACGAGGGCAGCGGCGCACGCGUCGCCGGCAACACCGAGGCGCCCGCGCCCCAGGUCCUCGCGCGCGACCGACCCGCCAAGGCCUUCUUCGCCAUGGCGCGCCCGUACCCGAGCAAGAACCAGGCCAUGCUCGACUCGUUCCUCGAGCUCAAGUUCGAGAACGAGCGCCUCCGCCAGGAGCUCCUCGCCAUGUACAAGGAGGUCGAGGGCGACGGCUCGAGCGGCGGCUUCCCGUACGGCCAGCCGGGCAUGUACCGCGCCGACUCGUUCGACGCCGGUGCGCGCACCGUCAUCGACCCGGCGACGGGCCUCGUCCAGACGCAGACGCUCAUCCCCUCGACGAGCAACACGUACGGCGCGCUCGGGAUCGGCAUCUCGGCCAACGGGACCAAGGGCGACGGCACGGGCGAGAAGAAGAAGAAGAAGGCGCGUGUCGAGGAGGGCGAGUUCGUCUGCCGCGACUGCGGCACGGUCGAGUCGCCCGAAUGGCGCAAGGGUCCCGACGGCCCCAAGAGCUUGUGCAACGCCUGCGGUCUCCGCUACGCCAAGCUCGUCUCGAAGACGAAGAAGGAGGCGCGCGAGAAGGCGGCGCAGGCGGCCAAGUGAGGGCCCGCGGUCCUCCACCACCCUGUCUUCCUCGUUCCCGGUCCUCUCUUCUCGCCUCGUCUCGUCUCCCGCACACACAGUAUACACGCCUGUCUCGCCCCCCCCACCUGUGUACAUACCCUUGUCCCAUACGCACCCUCGUGAUCCCCCUUCCGCCCUGGUACACCCACGCUUCGGUCGUCCUCAGUCCCGCCUCCCUUUGUCGCCUGUAACACUGGGUCUCGUCGCUUUCCUGCACUC